UGUCAACGCCAGGGCACUGAAAACAAGAAAAUUUACAAGUCAUCGACAGCAGAGAUCGGCUAUAAUUUUUCAUUAAACUUAAAUAUUUGUAUAGAGCGUUGAAUUUGUUUUGCAAGCAGUCCACAAGGUUAUCCAAAAUGGCGCAAACUCUGGAAGACAAAUCAAUAUGGGAGGAUGGCGAGGAGUCGCUGGGCGAGGAGGUGAUGCGUAUGUCCACCGAUGAGAUUGUGAGCAGGACUCGACUGAUGGACAACGAAAUAAAGAUAAUGAAGAGCGAGGUGAUGCGCAUCACACACGAGAUACAGGCGCAAAACGAGAAGAUCAAAGACAACACGGAGAAAAUCAAGGUUAACAAAACGCUGCCAUACUUGGUGUCCAAUGUCAUAGAGUUGUUGGACGUUGAUCCACAAGAGGAGGAGGACGACGGCUCCGUCACGGUGCUGGAUAACCAGCGAAAGGGCAAGUGCGCUGUAAUCAAAACAUCCACGCGUCAGGCGUAUUUCUUGCCCGUCAUCGGGCUGGUUGAUGCCGAGAAACUGAAGCCCGGCGAUUUGGUCGGCGUCAACAAGGACUCGUAUCUUAUUUUGGAGACCCUGCCAGCUGAGUAUGAUGCUCGCGUCAAGGCCAUGGAAGUGGAUGAACGACCCACAGAGCAGUAUUCGGAUAUUGGUGGCCUGGACAAGCAGAUUCAGGAGCUCAUCGAGGCCGUGGUGCUGCCCAUGACGCAUAAGGAGAAAUUCAAAAAUUUGGGCAUUCAUCCACCGAAAGGUGUUCUUCUGUAUGGCCCACCCGGUACCGGAAAAACUCUGCUGGCCCGUGCCUGUGCCGCUCAGACCAAGUCGACUUUCCUCAAGCUGGCCGGACCGCAGCUGGUGCAGAUGUUUAUCGGUGAUGGCGCCAAGCUAGUACGCGAUGCCUUCGCUUUGGCCAAGGAGAAGGCACCGGCAAUUAUCUUCAUUGAUGAACUGGACGCCAUUGGCACGAAGCGUUUUGACUCUGAGAAGGCCGGCGAUCGUGAGGUGCAGCGCACCAUGUUGGAGCUGCUCAAUCAGCUGGAUGGCUUCAGCUCGACGGCCGACAUUAAGGUCAUUGCCGCCACCAAUCGUGUGGAUAUUCUGGAUCCCGCUCUGCUGCGUUCGGGCCGUCUGGAUCGUAAAAUCGAGUUCCCCCAUCCCAACGAGGAGGCACGGGCCCGCAUCAUGCAGAUCCAUUCGAGAAAAAUGAACGUAAGCACCGACGUGAACUUUGAGGAGCUGUCACGCUCCACAGAUGACUUCAAUGGCGCCCAAUGCAAGGCUGUUUGUGUGGAGGCCGGUAUGAUAGCCCUGCGUCGGUCGGCCAGUUCGGUGACGCACGAGGACUUCAUGGACGCCAUCAUGGAGGUGCAGGCGAAAAAGAAGGCUAAUCUUAAUUACUACGCUUAAGGCAACAAAUUUGCAGUUGAAUCUAAACCACAUUGUCACUUGCUUAUCGAUCUUUAAAAAAUUUAAAAAUAAUAAACCAUAAAAGUUACAAAAUUC